CAGCAGCCUCCACAGAAGGAGCAGCUUCUCCACCCAGGACUCCUCCAAGUCGCCUACGCCGCAGACGCCGGCAGAGGGAAGGGCGCAGGCGCGGCGGUCUGCGCAGGCGCGGCGCGGUGCAGGCGGGAAGAUGGCGGCCGGGUUCAAAACUGUGGAACCCCUGGAGUAUUACAGGAGAUUUCUGAAAGAAAACUGCCGUCCCGAUGGAAGAGAACUUGGGGAAUUCAGAACCACAACUGUCAACAUAGGCUCCAUCAGCACGGCGGACGGUUCUGCUCUCGUGAAGCUGGGGAACACCACAGUAGUCUGUGGAGUGAAAGCAGAGUUUGCAACACCACCACUAGAUGCUCCUGAUAGAGGAUAUGUUGUUCCUAAUGUGGACCUACCACCGCUGUGUUCGUCGAGGUUUCGGACUGGACCUCCUGGAGAAGAGGCCCAAGUAGCCAGCCAGUUCGUUGCAGAUGUCAUUGAAAACUCACAGAUAAUUAAGAAAGAGGACUUAUGCAUCUCUCCAGGCAAGCUUGCUUGGGUCCUAUACUGUGAUCUUAUUUGCCUAGACUACGAUGGAAACAUUUUGGAUGCCUGCACGUUUGCUUUGUUAGCAGCUCUAAAGAAUGUACAGUUGCCUGAAGUAACUAUAAAUGAAGAAACUGCUUUAGCAGAAGUUAAUUUAAAGAAGAAAAGUUACUUGAAUGUUAGAACAACCCCAGUUGCAACUUCCUUUGCUGUGUUUGAUGACACUUUGCUGAUAGUUGAUCCUACUGGAGAGGAAGAACACCUGUCAACAGGAACCUUAACAAUAGUAAUGGAUGAGGAAGACAAACUGUGUUGUCUUCACAAGCCAGGUGGGAGUGGACUUACUGGAGCUAAACUUCAGGACUGCAUGAGUCGAGCAGUUACGAGACACAAAGAAGUGAACAAGCUACUAGAUGAAGUCAUUCAGAGUAUGAAACACAAAUGAAGCCGCAACAAUUGCAAAACAGAUGUAAAAACUGUAUUUAUUACACUGUGCACAGGCUUUUUAUACUAAAUAAAUACCAAACUACAUUCUUUUGGAAGAUA